UAACUGAUAAAAGUUAAGGGUUGAUUUGAGAAACGUGUAAAUUUAUUGAAUUUGAAGCAGGGAGACCACUAGCGACUUGACUGAGUUUCAGUCUAGGUUUUGGCGGUUAAAUGUAUAAAAAAUAUCUCUAAAUGACAGUCCAUUGAUAGUAGUGUUUCAUUUACAGUUUAAUUGAUCAAUUAGACGUCGAGCUACGAUAGUUAGAUGUGUAAUUGCGAUCCUAACCUAUUUGUGAAUUUUUCCUUCAAAGCUGUGAAUGAUGACUGUGAUACCAUUGCCGGUGAAAAGAUCGCACGACUUUUGAAUAAAUGUCGAUAGCGAAGAACAUUUAUUUACGCUUAAUUAGAAGAAAGAUGCCGUGUUUAACAGGAACACAAUUGCUUGGGUGGCAAACAUACGUCUCCAUUGUACUUAUCGCUUUCAGCAAUAUUCUUCUUCCUACAGUCGAAUGUCUGGAAGUAAUUUACGCAAUCAACGCUGGUGGAGAAGCAUACGUCGAUAGCCAUGGUGUUCGAUAUGCCAGAGAUCCACUCAUGGGAAAAGUUGGGACUGCUUCAGAUUACGGGAAGCAAUUAAUCAUAGGCCGUGUAAACAGCGUUGAUCAAAUACUCUAUCAGACUGAACGAUACCAUCACAGUACUUUUGGCUAUGAUAUACCAAUAAAUAAGGACGGUGACUACGUCAUGAUUCUCAGGUUCUGCGAGGUUUACUUCAACUCUCCAAACAUGAAGGUUUUUGAUGUCGUAUUAAAUGGAGACCAUACCAUCGUCACAGAUUUGGAUAUAUUUGAACGAGUCGGGCGUGGAAUAGCUCACGAUGAAUACAUACCUUUUAAAGUACAAAGAGGAAAAUUAAUACACAAUGACGAAGAAUCUGACAUACUUGGUGGAAAAAUACGAGUUGAAUUUAUAAAGGGGUAUCGGGAUAAUCCAAAGAUUAAUGCCAUAGCUGUAAUCAGAGGAAAAUUAGAAGAUGUCCCACAGUUGGGGCCGAUUCCUCAAGAGCCAGAGGAAUACCGGGGAAUGCAAGAUGAGGAAGAGGAGGCUGUUAUCCGUAGUCGACACACGAGUGGACCGCGCACCCCAGAUCCAUACUCGAUAGACGAUACUUCAAUUCUACUUCCCAUUUAUGUGGCAAUUGGAGCGUUUAUACCAUUACUUUUUUGUCUGUGCAAGCUAUAGUGAUGGCAUGGUAGAUUAUUUUCACUCUUUUAAUUUAACUCACAUUUCUUGUACUUAAUUAACGUUACAUAAGAAGAGAGUAAUAUUUUACCGAGUUUCCGUCUACCAUAAGUAAUUGAGAUGCGAUCGGGUAUAACAGAAAUAUUAGAAGAUGUAUUAACUUAUUUGAAUUUGUAUGACUGAUUAUUUCAGUCUGUUACUAUUUAUUCGAAUUAUACAUUAUAGGCAUGUAUGUAAAGUUUGUUUGUGUCGGGUUUACGAGUGAAGAUUUUAACUCAACCGGUACGCUGUUGUGGAUGUAACGAUUAAUUUAGAAAAAAAAAUUUUUUUAUUUUUAAUUUAAAUAUGAUUGGUUAUUUUAACGUAUUUGGAUUUUCGAAACGCAUUAAAAUAGACCUGUUAUUAUUGA